AUGGCCGACAAAGAAGCCAAUGUCUUUGUGAUCGAUGUGUGCCGGUCCAUGGCUAAGUGUCACCAAGGUCGGGAACAAAGCGACCUCGAUUUCACUCUACAGUAUGUCUGGGACAAAGUUUCUGGCAUUGUGCAAACUGGUCGCAAGACAUUACAAUGCGGAAUUGUUGCAAUGGGCUCUGAUCGUACCGAGAAUAAUAUGCAGAACGAGGAUGGCUACUCCAAUAUUGCUGUAAUCCAGCCGAUAGCUCAGAUCCUGCUUCCGGAGCUACAGCGCCUACCCAAGCUCCUUAAGCCGAGCAACACCCCCGAGAGCCAACGAGACCUGCUCUCGGGCAUUAUCAUUGGUGUCGAUCUGAUCUUGAAGCAUUGCAAGCACCUGAAAUACAAGAAACGUCUGACAGUCUGUACGAACGGUGUAGGCCUGCUCGACGAUGAUCAAUUGCAGGCUGUCGCCGAUCAGAUCAAGGAAGAAGGCAUCGAGCUAAUAGUUCUCGGAAUCGACUUUGAUGACCCAGAAUAUGGAUUCAAGGAGGAAGACAAACCGGCUGAGAAGGCCAAGAACGAAGAGGCUCUCAGAGAGCUUGCUGAAGGCUCUGGUGGUAUGUUCGGCACCAUGCAAGAGGCCGCUGAGGGCUUGUCGCGACCCGAAGUCAAGGUCACCCGACCGACUCCCACGUAUCGAGGUGUGCUACGAUUGGGAGACCCAGAAAACUACGACACAGCGCUGGCAAUCGAAGUCGAGCGAUACUUUAAGGUAUCGGUCCGGAAGCCACCUACCGCGAGCUCCUUUGCCAUCAAGCAGGAUACAUCGGCCAGCGAUCUUGCCAACGUUGAACAACAUUUUCAAUACACUGUCAAGAACGAGAAUGAGGUCGAUGGAAGACAGCCUGUGGAGCGCGACGACUUGGCCAAAGGCUACGAGUACGGCAGGACGGCGGUCUACAUAUCGCAAGCCGACGAGAAUAUCACGAAGCUGGAAACCUACUCCUCAUAUGACAUCCUAGGUUUCAUACCGGUAGAGAACAUUGAGCGCUACAUGAUCAUCGACAACACUACUAUGCUUGUACCGCAGAAAGGAAACGACAAAGCGGCCUUCGCACUGUCAUCCUUUACACAUGCGCUGUACGAGCUUGGCUCCGUAGCUGUUGCUCGCUUCGUCAAGAAAGACAUGGCCGAGCCUGCCAUCACACUUUUGUCACCACUUGUUGAGCCAGAUUACGAGUGCUUGAUCGAGAACACACUGCCAUUCGCAGAAGACAUCCGCACAUACAGGUUUCCGCCAUUGGACAAGGUGCUCACCGUUUCCGGCAAAGCACUCAAAGAACACCGCAAUCUACCCAAUGACGACCUCUUACAGUCCAUGUCAGACUUUGUGGACUCAAUGUCUCUGAUUGAAGGCGAGGAGGAAUUGCUUCCCAUGGACGACACUUUUUCGCCGGUGCUUCACACCAUCGAAGGUGCCAUCAAGUAUCGCGCCAUACACCCCGACCAGGCACUCCCACCUAAGCCUGAGCUCUUCUCCAAUUACUCUCAUCAGCCAACUCAUCUACAGGAGGCGGCCAAGCCUGCGCUUGACCGACUCAUCAAAGCCGCCGAUGUCAAAAAGGUACCGCCCAAGGUCAAAGGCCGCAAACGAUAUCGGGAAGCGGAGAAGCCUCUUUCCGGCCUAGACAUCGGCGCUCUUUUCAAGAAAGAGAAUCGUCCAAGGACCAUCUCUGCAGACAACGCUAUUCCCGAGUUCAAACAACAAUUCGAGAACCCCGAUGAUGAAGGCAAAAUCCGCAAUGCGGUCAAACAAAUGCAGUCCAUUGUGGAGAAGCUCGUCACGGACAGCUUUGGAGACCAGAACUACGCACAGGCGGUCGAGAUGCUUUCCGUCGUGCGGGAGGAGAUGAAAGAGCUUGAGUUCCCGGAGAUCUGGACUGAGCUGAUGGAUGGCAUCAAGAAAAAAUUGAAAGAAGGGAGACUAGGAGGCGAUCGGCGGGAGUGGUGGUAUCGCGUGCGCAUGGCCCGGCUUGGUUUGAUUGAGGAGACGGAAGCCAAAUCUGGGGAGGUGUAUCCCGGUGGGGCGAGCAAAGAAGAGGCGCAAAAGUUCUGGCGGCUCGAUGACUGA